AUGUUAAUCGAGGAUUUUGUGUUUAAAACAAAAGAAUUACUGGUACCAAAAGGUUUUUAUCCAAAUGUGAAUACGAUGUGCUGUAUUGGUUUAUGCCGAGAUGAAAUAACAUGUCAAUUCAAAAAUAUUAUUGAGUCAAUGUAUGGUGCGGGAUUUUCAUGUGGAUCAUUAGCGGGCUUAUUGUUUUGUGGACGAACAGGUUUUUUGGCUGCUCAUCAUCAUGUACCAGCCGAUAGUGCCUGUCUAAUUUAUUAUUGUUUCACUCAUAUCGCAAUUAGUGAGAAAGGUGAGAUAGGUGUAGUGUUAAGAAGUAAAACCGGUAUGAAACAGAAAUCAACAGCUUGUGGUGCCUUAAUGGCAUUUACAAAUACAUUAAGUGAGGGUAUUCAAUUACCAAUUGAAAUUGAUGAAAAUGAUGUGGAAAUGAGCUGUUUAAAGAAACAUGUGUUAGAAACGGUGCCGACGUUAUCGACCAAUUCGACAUUAUUAGAUGUGACACACGCUGCUUAUUUAACCAUUACACGUGAUUUAGAAUAUCAUGUUCUGCAAGAUUCAAAAUGUUAUCAAAAACGCAAGUAUGCACUAUUUACAGGUAUACAAAUACACGGUCCAAAUGGGCACGAUUCAGUCUGGCUAGGGAAAUCGAGUAUUGUUCAGAAUGGAACGCUGGUAGAUUUACCAUUUCAUGAAACAAACAAAUAUCAAACAUAA